AUGGACGAUCAGUCCCGGAUGCUGCAGACGCUGGCCGGUGUGAACCUGGCCGGGCACUCGGUGCAGGGGGGCAUGGCCCUGCCUCCUCCCCAUGGACACGAAGGGGCAGACGGCGACGGCAGGAAGCAGGACAUCGGCGACAUCCUUCAUCAGAUCAUGACCAUCACUGACCAAAGCCUGGAUGAGGCACAAGCAAAGAAACACGCACUGAACUGCCACAGGAUGAAACCCGCCUUGUUCAGUGUCCUCUGCGAGAUCAAGGAGAAAACAGGUUUGAGCAUCCGAGGAGCCCAGGAGGAAGACCCUCCCGAUCCCCAGCUAAUGAGACUAGACAAUAUGCUUCUGGCAGAAGGAGUCUCAGGUCCGGAGAAAGGUGGGGGAUCGGCGGCAGCAGCUGCAGCCGCAGCAGCCUCUGGAGGGUCUUCAGAUAACUCUAUUGAACACUCAGAUUACAGAGCCAAAUUGACCCAGAUCAGACAAAUCUAUCACACAGAGCUGGAGAAAUAUGAACAGGCAUGUAAUGAAUUUACCACACAUGUGAUGAACCUUCUCAGAGAACAGAGCCGGACACGUCCCAUUUCUCCCAAGGAGAUCGAAAGGAUGGUGGGCAUCAUUCAUCGAAAAUUCAGCUCCAUCCAGAUGCAACUCAAACAAAGUACUUGUGAAGCAGUAAUGAUUUUAAGAUCAAGGUUCCUUGAUGCCAGGCGGAAAAGGCGUAACUUCAGUAAACAAGCCACAGAAAUCUUGAAUGAGUAUUUUUACUCCCACCUCAGUAACCCCUACCCCAGUGAAGAAGCCAAAGAAGAGCUGGCAAAGAAAUGCAGCAUCACAGUAUCGCAGGUGUCCAACUGGUUUGGAAAUAAGAGAAUCAGGUACAAGAAGAACAUUGGGAAGUUCCAGGAAGAAGCCAAUCUCUACGCAGCAAAGACGGCUGUGACCGCAGCGCACGCCGUGGCCGCAGCCGUCCAGAACAACCAGACAAACUCCCCCACCACACCAAACUCUGCUGGUUCUUCUGGUUCUUUUAACCUCCCAAAUUCUGGGGACAUGUUCAUGAACAUGCAGAGUCUGAAUGGGGAUUCUUACCAGGGGUCCCAAGUCGGAGCCAAUGUGCAGUCACAGGUGGAUACCCUGCGUCAUGUUAUCAAUCAGACGGGAGGAUACAGUGAUGGCUUGGGAGGAAAUUCACUGUACAGUCCACAUAAUUUAAAUGCUAAUGGAGGCUGGCAGGACGCAACUACUCCAUCUUCUGUGACUUCCCCUACAGAAGGGCCGGGAAGUGUGCACUCUGAUACCUCUAACUAA